AUGGCUGAGUUUGGGCAACAUGAUGUCUUCAAUCUGAAUACGGCGCCUGCAUUACCAAAGGGGAAGGCGUGUGUGACGUGCAGACUGAGAAAGAUAAAAUGUGAUGGUGCAAGACCCGUGUGCACACAAUGCAGGGAAGCACAACGCGCCGAAGAUUGCGAAUACGUCGCUGUUCGCGCUCCCAGCUCCACCCAUGCUCUGGAGAAGCGAGUUGCUGCUUUACGAGCCCGCGUCAAAGAUCUGCAAACCCAACAUACAUCGGGCUCGAGUAACCUUGCACCGCCUCAUGCUUCCCCUCAGGCUUCGGUGCCACUUACCGGCGGUUCGGGGACAUCUGGUGCUACAUCUGAACCCAUUACAAGUCCCUCUGUGGACUUGUCUCGCGAGGAAACGGAACUGCUUAUUAGGCUGUUCUUUGCUCAGAAUCAACCUCUCUGGUUCCUGGAUUCGAACUUCUUCCGCUCUUCGCUCGGCUUAGAGAGUACAGGAGCGAGUGCCGCUUCGUCAACACUUCUUUUGGCCAUGGGCGCGGCGACUGCGUCGCAUCCACAAGCAUCAUCAUUCAAUGAACCCGCAUUGACCGGCCUGGCUCUCUCGCGAAUCGGCUCUACCCACAACGACUCCGCGCAUCCGAUGCACGCUAUCCAAGCCCAUGUUCUUCUCGGCGCGCAUCUCCUGCGCGCUGGACGCUUCACUCAAGGCUUGAGUCUUCUCAGCGAUGGUCUCUCCUUCGCGCUCGCUCUCGGCUUGCAUCGACCGGAACCCGAUUCGCUCUUGACCACCUUUAGACCUCCGCGACCCAUCCUUCCAACCCCGAACCCUAUCUCAGCAGGCGAGCACGUCCGCGGCUUCUGGACGAUCUUCGUUCUGGAGCGCUUGUGGGCGAUGGCACUGGGAACUGUGACUAGAGCGCGCCUCACAGCCGAUGGUGGUCGAGACGGUGGCAUGAUCGUCAAUACGCUUUGGCCAGAAGAUGCGACGGCACACCAGAACGCCCGAGAUACGCUCAGUUUCUUGCGCCAAUCGGGCCCAAUCGCGGCAGACGGAAACUCGGCGCUCACGUUAUCGGUCAAGGCUACGCUUCUUUUGGAACGAUCGUAUGAGGUAGCUUCGCAGAUGGCAGAAGCUGAAAAUGACGUUGUAGACAGCCCGGAUGCGCAUGCUCUUGACGAGCGUAUCAAUUCCUUCGCUACCGCCCUCGGACCACCACUAUUUGCUUCGCGAGAUAACCUUCUCGCGCAUAUACUCUUGCGAGGUGCGACUUUGCAACUCCACUCUCGAAUACCGGGCGACCCUCGCGCGAUGAGCGCCGCUCGUGCAUUAGCAGCCAUGGCACCCGUCCUACGUCCGGAUCAGAAUGAUGCGCUCGGAAUGUUAGAGCCUGCUAUAGGCAUCGUGAUACCUGCAGCAUGCCGAGCUCUGAUCGCCGCGAUGCUGGCUGACACAUCCGGGACUCCUACAGACGUAGACCCUGCACAGGUCCCCAUGGCCGCGCUCGAGGCACUACAAGGCAUAUUGGGAGCUUGGCAAGCGUACAGUGCCUACAUAGGUAUACAACUCAAUCGCGUUCUUCAGGAACGGAUCGACUCUUGA